UCCGCGGUCCGGUGGUUGGGGACCACUGAAUUGGAGUGUGUAUGUAUGGACCGGGCCUGGGACAAGGACGAAGGCGAGCGGUUGGUGGGCGCGGCCGUCGCGAAGUGGCUGCCGGGGCGUCAAGAUGGCGGAAGCCCUGACAGCUCAGGAGCACCUGGCUGUGGAGGAGUUCCUGAGUGAGGUGCGUCUCAGAGAGCAGCCUCACAGCGCCGGGCUCGUCUCCCGGCCCACAGCCGUCAAGUUUCUCAUGGCCCGCAAGUUUGACGUCUCUCGUGCCAUCGACCUCCUUCAAGCGUACAAGAACACAAGACUCAAAGAGGGGAUCAUCAAUAUCAAUCCAGACGAGGAGCCCCUCUGCUCUGAGCUGCUCGAUGGAAAAUUCACAGUCCUGCCUGGGCGUGACGCAAAUGGUGCCGCCCUAGCUCUUUUCACAGCUCGUCUCCAUCGGCCAGACGUAACCACGCACAAAGCGGUGCUGCAGGCCAUCAUCUAUCAGCUGGAUAAAGCCAUAGAGAGUGUUCAAACCCAGAGAGAGGGACUCAUAUUUAUCUAUGACAUGACCAACUCCACCUAUGGGAAUUUUGACUACGAGCUCUGUGUGAAGAUCCUCAAUCUGCUCAAGGGGGCGUUUCCUGCUCGUCUAAAGUGUGUCUUCAUCGUAUCAUCGCCUCUUUGGUUCCGAGCACCGUUUGCGGUGCUCCGCCUCUUUGUGCGGGAAAAACUGAGAGAACGGGUUUGCACCGUGAAGGCUUCCGAGCUGGCCACUCAUAUCCCAGUCUCCUCCCUCCCGGAAAACCUCGGCGGGACCUCGCAGUGCAGCCACGUGGCUUGGAUCCAGUCCUGCGUCAACGCAAACACAGUCGAGGGGGACACACAAGUGCAUGACCCCCACGACUGCGUGGGAAGCCUCCUGCGCUCUUACAGCCAGGACUGUGGCGACCCGAGCAUCGGUGCUACACUGUCACACACCCAUUCGAAUACGCAGCUGGGCUCAGAGCUCGCCGCGGCGAACUCUAAUUGCUACGGCGAUAACAACGCCAACCCACACAACCCCUGCGGUGAUGAGGAAGGCAGGACUGGAGGAAGUCCUCAGCACAGCCCUGCAGCCAACAGGCUACAGGGGAACUACAAACACUGGAACGGAUCGGCUGUGAGCGGAACCAACAUGAGCCCGAAUUCUAACAUGAAUGGUCGUGGCCACCAAGCACCGCCCCAGUCAGACACGCCGCCUGACACCCCCCUCUCUCACAAAGGCGACGACGACGCAGCACGCGGCACAACCACAGACUAUGAACAUAGACAUCUGAAUGAGGAUAUAAAGGAGGUGGAUGAGGAGGGCGAGGGAGAUGAGGGAAUCCCGCCGUUGCCCCAAAAAUCUUUGCCUCGACCACCCCACCAGCCCACCUCACAGUCACCACCCUUGACCUCGUCUUGGGGUCCCGAUGAGGACUGCUGCAUGGAGGAGUCCAUUCACGUGCCCGAGCAAGGGGGAAUGGCGGUGCGGGAGCUGGUGGAGCACAUAAAGAGGAAGAAGAAGAGAGGGAUCUAUCAGGAAUAUGAAGAGAUCCGCAAGGAGCCGCCAGCAGGCACCUUUGACUACUCCAAGAAACUGUCCAAUCAGCUGAAGAACCGGUACAGCGAUGUUCUCUGCCUCGACCAGUCCAGAGUGCGUCUCUGCGAGCUCAGUGACAACGAGGACGAGACCUCGGAUUACAUCAAUGCCAGUUUCAUGGACGGCUAUAAGAGGAGAAAGGCGUACAUCGCUACUCAGGGUCCUUUGCCCAAAACAUUUGGAGACUUUUGGCGCAUGGUGUGGGAGCAGAUGGUUCUUAUUAUUGUAAUGACAACCAGAGUAGUGGAGCGAGGGCGUGACAAGUGCGGUCAGUACUGGCCGAUGGAGGAAGGCAGAACCGAGCAGCACGGAUGUUUCCUGGUCAGGAACACUCACAUCCAGGUGUUCCAGGACUUCAAACUCUCCCAUUUGGAACUCUACAAUACUCAAUCUGGGGAGAGACGAGACGUCUGCCACUACCUCUAUGUCAGCUGGCCAGACUUCGGGGUGCCCAAAAGUGCGUCCGCCAUGUUGGACUUUCGCGAGCAUGUACUUCAGAGGCAGGACGCCGCCGUCCAGAGUCUGGGCUCCGAUUGGAACGGGGAUCCGGGGGGCCCUCCUGUGGUGGUACACUGCAGUGCCGGCAUCGGCCGUACAGGCACCUUCUGCACACUGGACAUCUGCCUGUCCCGGCUGGAGGACAUCGGCACAGUGGACGUGCGUCAGACAGUGCGGCGCAUGCGCACGCAGAGGGCCUUCAGCAUCCAGACCUGGGACCAAUACUACUUCUGCUACACCGCCGUCAUCGAGUACGCCAUGCGCCGGGGCAAGCUGAGCCCGGUGCAGUGGUCCGACUCGGACAUAGAGACGGACAGCGAGUGAGUGACGCGUUCCCAAACGGAGUGGUCCGACCUAAGCCAUUAGCGCGGACGUCGUGUUUUUGCUCCGGAUGCUGCGAUACUUGCUCGUCACUCACGCCAACGCAGAGAGAGACAGACAAAGUGCUUCCUGGGAGUGGAAAUACAGGAAGUGGAGAAUGCGCGCUGCAUCUGUGAUCAAUUCCUGCCAAUUUCCGAGUCAAAGCGCAGGGGAGCUGGGCCCGACCUGCACUUGUCUUCUUGACAAGAACCUUGUAGCAUUUUUCUAUUGACUUGCACAUGAGGAGCGGCAAACUUGAAGCCGCCAUGACCCUCAUCCAGGUUCCUCUCCGCAUCCUUCUCAGCCUCAAAACUAUUCCUCCACGUCUCAGAUCGUCUGGAUUUUUAUUGGAUUAUUUGAUUUUCGCCCCGUGUUUUUCCUUCAUAUGGUGUGCAUAUGUAGACUAGACUUCGCAAAGCCAAAGUCAUCCCCUCCAAUGGUUGGAUGUAGUCCUUACUCAGACUGAAACAUGUAUAUUCUUGUAACAUACAGUCCGUUUAUACGCCGUUGUGCAGAAUAACCUCUUGGAAGAAGUGCAGAAAUGCCUUGUUUUAGGCCGUAAGAAAAAGAGUUGUAUUGAAAGUGAUGUCAUGCCAAGUCUGACAUUUUUACUCUUUGUUCAUUUCACAUCAUUUGGCCUAGAAGUGUUUCUCCUCUUUCUGCAUUGAGACAUUUUGCCUCAGAUAAUUGUGCCUUCAAAUUUUUAUUUUUUAAUGUUGCUGUUCAACAGGUAUCUAACCGCCCGUUGGUCACGGUUUACCUGACACAUGAAACGUGACAAAUUAGGAGGUGGAUACCUUUUGCCUUCAGUGCUGCCGCUUAAGAGUAAUAGGACAUACAGUAGGAAGGGGAUUCAUAUGGCCUUGUUUGUCACGGUUUACCUGACACAUGAAACGUGACAAAUUAGGAGGUGGAUACCUUUUGCCUUCAGUGCUGCCGCUUAAGAGUAAUAGGACAUACAGUAGGAAGGGGAUUCAUAUGGCCUUGUUUGUCACGGUUUACCUGACACAUGAAACGUGACAAAUUAGGGGGGAGGGGGGCAUGUUUUGCCUUAAGUGCUGCCACUUAGAAUAGAACAUACAGUAGGAAGGGGAUUCAUAUGGCCUUGUUUGUCACGGUUUACCUGACACAUGAAACGUGACAAAUUAGGGGGUGGAUACCUUGUGCCUUCAAUGCUGUCGCUUGGAAAUAAUAGGGCAUACAGUAGGAAGGGGAUUCAUAUGGCCAUGCUUGUCACGGUUUACCUGACACAUGAAACAUGAACAAUUAGGGGGUGGAUACCUUUUGCCUAUAGUGCUGCCGUGUAUAAAAAAUAGGACAUACAGUAGGAAAAUGAUUCGUAUGGUCUUGUUUGUCACGGUUUACCUGACACAUGAAACGUGACAAAUUGGGGGUGGGCAUGUUUUGCCUUCAGUGCUGCCACUUACAAAAGAACAUACAGUAGGAAGGGUAUUCAGGUGGGCCCGUUUGUCACAGUUUACCAGACACAUGAAACGUGACAAAUUAGGAGGUGGAUACCUUUUGCCUUCAGUGCUGCCGCUUAGAAGUAAUAGGACAUACAUUAGGAGGGGGAUUCAUAUGGCCAUGUUUGUCACGGUUUACCUGACACAUGAAACGUGACGAAUUUGGGGUGGAUGCGGUUUACCUGACACAAGAAACGUGACAAAUUGGGGGAGGACAUGUUUUGCCUUCAGUGGUGCCACUUACAAAAAACAUACAGUAGGAAGGGUAUUCAGGUGGCCCCGUUUGUCACAGUUUACCAGACACAUGAAACGUGACAAAUUAGGAGGUGGAUACCUUUUGCCUUCAGUGCUGCCGCUUAGAAGUAAUAGGACAUACAGUAGGAGGGGGAUUCAUAUGGCUAUGUUUGUCACGGUGUACCUGACACAUGAAACGUGACGAAUUUGGGGUGGAUGCGGUUUACCUGACACAUGAAACGUGACGAAUUUGGGAUGGAUGCGGUUUACCUGACACAUGAAACGUGACAAAUUGGGGGAGGACAUGUUUUGCCUUCAGUGGUGCCACUUACAAAAGAACAUACAGUAGGAAGGGGAUUCAUAUGGCCAUGUUUGUCACAGUUUACCUGACACAUGAAACGUGACAAAUUAGGGGGUUGAUCCCUUUUGCCUUCAGUGCUUUCGCUUUGAAGUAAUAGUACAUACAUUAGGAGGGGGAUUCAUAUGGCCAUGUUUGUCACGGUUUACCUGACACAUGAAACGUGACGAAUUUGGGGUGGACACGUUUGACCUUCAGUGCUGCCGCAUAAAAGUAAUAGGAUAUAUAGUAGAAAGGGGAUUAAUUUCGUCUUGGCUUACCUGACUCAUGACAAAUGAGGGCUGGACACAUUUUGCCUUCAGUGCGGCCACUUAGAUGUAAUAGGACAUAUAGUAGAAAGGGGAUUCACUUCGUCCUGGUUUU